AUGGGAGUGAAUGGUGAAGAGUUAACGAGGAUGAGGACACUUGGAGCAGAUCCACAAUUGACAAGAUCUCUCAUGUUCCUCCAGAGGAGAAACAACAACCUAAGCAAGAAGAAACUACCUCCAGGGGAAAUGGGACUUCCUUGGAUCGGAGAGACGGUGGAAUUCUACAAAGCACAACGUAGAUAUCGAUUGUAUGAGGAGUUCAUUCAACCUAGGAUUGCAAAAUAUGGAAAAAUCUUUAAAACAAGCCUAAUGGGAUCACCAACAGUAGUGGUGAACGGAGAGGAAGCUAACCGCUUCUUUUUGUCAAACGAGUUCAAGUUGGUGAUAAGCUCAUGGACUUCUGCAUCGGUGCAGCUCAUGGGCAAGGACUCCAUCAUGGAGAAACAAGGGGUUCGUCGGAUUAUAGCUACAAGUCUCAGCUUUGCUGGGCUGGAGACUCUAGUGCCCAAGAUAUGCAACUCAGUUCAGUACCACCUAGAUACAAAAUAGCAUGGCCAGGACACCAUUAGCCUCUACCAUUCAACCAAAGUUUUGACGUUUACCAUUGUGUUUGAGUGCUUGUUAGGGAUCAAUGUAGAGCCGGAAAUGAUACAAGUUUUUUAGAGGGUGUUGGAGGGGGUAUUUUCUCCACCCGUUAAGUUUCCUGGCUCUAGGUUCUCGAGGGCAAAGAGAGCAAGGCAGGAGAUAGAAAAGAUGUUGGUUGAGAUAGUGAGAAAGAAGAGGCAAGAGAAGAAGAAAAGGGUAGAGGAAGGUGAGGAGGGAGGGAUUUUACUAUCAAGGUUAGUGGCUGGACUGAUUCGAGGGGAGAUCAAGGAGGAGGUUGUGGAUAAUGUGGUAUUGCUAGUAUUUGCAGCUCAUGACACAAUUUCAUUCACUAUUGCCAUGACAUUUAGAAUGUUGGCUCACCACCCAACCUGCUAUGAUCUUCUUCUGCCAGAACAUGCUGCUUUGAUGAACAACAAAGGACCGGGCCAGAAUCUAGCAUUGGAAGACAGAGAGAAGAUGAAGUAUACCUGGCAAUAAGUUGCUCGUGAAAGCAUGCGACUGUUCCCUCCAAUUGGCUCCUUCAGAAAGGCAAUUGUCGACAUUGAAUAUGAAGGAUACACCAUUCCCAGAGGAUGGAAGGUUCUAUGGACAGCCUAUGGAACGCAUUACAAUCCCAAGUAUUUCGGAGAUCCUUCCACUUUUGAUCCAAGCAGAUUUGAAGACGCCGUGCCACCAUAUGUUUUUGUUCCAUUUGAGGGAGGACCAAGGGUGUGUGCAGGGUACCAACUUGCUAAGCUAAAUAUCCUCAUCUUCCUGCAUUUCGUUGUCACUCACUAUGAUUGGUCCUUACGCUAUCUUGAUGAACCAAUCACCAUGGAUCCCCUCCCAUUCCCUUUCCAAGAAAUGCCCAUCAAAAUUUCUCCUAAGCCAAUAAUAUAAAGCAACAAACAAGAUUGCAGUUUGUACACUUUGUACUUGUAC